CCAAUUCCAAAACACUAGACUUAUUUAUUCUCAUACAUCUCAAUUCAUAAUAACUUGUUUGCAGCAGCCUCUAUAACCUUUUGUUUACUUUCUCGUUAGAGACAUUCAUUCAUUCAAAGCUCAUUCGUACAUUGUUCUGCCUAUUACAACAUGUAAAACUUGAAAAGAUCAAUGAUGUUGUGUUUGAGUGGCUAGAAGAAGCUGAGAUACUCAUACAAGAAGUGGACGAUCUCACUUUACAAGAUAGAAUGCAACAAUGGAAGGAAUUUAGGAAAUUGUUGAAAAAACUAACCAUAUUCAAUGCAAAAUGCGAGUUUGAUUCAUUUUCAACUCCAAUUCCAAGUUUAGAGCACUUUUCUUCGGGAAAUUUCUUUCACAACGACGAGUGUGUAUAACUUUAUAUGUUUCAUUUUAUUAAAGUAUACAAAGUUGAAACUAUUCUGAGGUUAUUAAGGCAUGACUGCAAAUUUGACUUGUAAUGUGAAUCAGAUGAUAGAGGCUUCGGGGUUAGCCGAGGUUAAUGAAAUAAUAGAUGUAUUUCGGGCUGGAAGUGUCUUUGACAAAGUAGUAAGAGAUAAGAAUAAGCUGAUUGGAAAUCGAGAUCUUGUGCAGCAAAAAGUUGAAACUACUGAUCUUAAAACUGAUAAGGUGAAUGAUGUUGUGAUUGAAUGGCUAAAACAAAGUAACAUACUGAUACAAGAGGUGGAGAAUCCCAAAAUAAAAUCAAGACCAACAUCAUGGCAUGCAUAUAGGGAAAUGAAGAAAGAACAGGCGAUUAUAUAUUUCAAUGAGUUGCUGAGAAAAAUAACUGCACUGAAUAUGGAAUGUGAGUUUGAGCAUGUUUCAACUCGAAUUCCAACUUUAGAGCACUUUUCUAAGGGAAAUAUUAUGUGUUUUAAUUCUACAGACAAGGCUUCAGAUGAACUUUUUCGAGCACUGCAAGAUGAUAAUUGUUUUAUAGUUGGAUUGUACGGUAGGCGCGGUUCUGGUAAAACUGCAUUGGUGAAAGCAGUGAGUGAGAAAGUUAAAUAUUUAAACAUUUUCUCAGAGGUUUUAUUUGCUACUGCGACCCAAAACCCGAAUAUCAGAACAAUGCAAGAUGAAAUUGCUGAUUCAUUGAAUAUGAAGUUUGAUAGGAAUAGUGAAACUGGAAGAGCAAGACAAAUAUUCUCCACUAUAGAAAGUAUGGAGACUCCAAUUCUAGUGAUUUUUGAUGAUGUUCGGACAAAAUUUGAUCCGGAGGAUGUAGGCAUUCCUUAUAAUAGUAAUCGAUGUAAGGUCCUUUUGACCACACGUCGCCAACAAGAUUGUGACAUGAUGCAGUGUCAAAGAGGGAUUCAUCUAGGUCCUUUAUCUACCGAGGAAACUUGGACUUUGUUUAGAAAACAUUCAGGUGUUUGUGAUGAGAAGGCUUCCUCCUCAUUUGACUUACAGAAUGUGGCACAAGAAGUUGCCAUCGAAUGUGAAGGAUUACCUGGUAUAAUUAAAGAUGUAGGAUCUUCUUUAAAAAGUAAACCAAUUGAGGAAUGGAAAGCAUCUCUAGAAAUUAUGAGACAUUCAAUGGCUCGAUGGCAGAUGUUCCUCAGUUUUAGAGGGGGAGAUACUCGCUUUUCUUUUACAGGUUUUCUUUAUCAAGCUUUAUGCCAAGCGGGAUUCAAGACCUUCAUGGAUGACGGAGGAUUGCACACUGGAGAUCAAAUUUCACCCACUCUUCUAAAUGCAAUUGAAGCAUCAAGGCUUUCAAUUGUUGUUUUAUCCGAGAACUAUGCAAGUUCCUCAUGGUGUCUUGAUGAACUUGUCAAGAUUCUUGAAUGUAUGAAAUUGAAAAAUCAAUUAGUUUGGCCAAUCUUUUACAAAGUCGAGCCAUCAGACAUUAGAUAUUUGAGAAAGUGUUAUGGCAAAGACAUGGCUCAACAUGAAAGCGUAUUUGGAACUGACUCUGAGAGAGUACAGAAAUGGAAGUCAGCUUUGUUUGAAGUGUCUAAUUUGUCUGGAAAGACUUAUACAACCGGGUACGAGUAUGAAUUUAUCCAAAAGAUCGUGGAAGAUGCAAAUCAUAUUAAAAGUCGUCUGCAAAUACGAGGCUUAUAAAUAUGAGCAAGGCCAAUUAGAGAGGAGGAAUGGUCUUCUAAUUCUUCAACCUGUUUUUGUCCUUUGUGAUGACUUAGUUUUUCUUCAAUUAGUAUCAUAACACUCAUGUAAUCUCUUCUUAAUAUAAAUGUUUUGCUUCUUUAAAAAAAAGCAUGUAAGAUAGAUAUUAAGUUGCUCUUAUGUGUUUCAAGUUCUUUUAAAGUUGGUAAGAAAAUUGUUGAGGGACCUUUCCAAGCAUUUUAUGAAAGAAAGAAACCAGUGUUUCUUCCAUGAUUCGCCGUCGCCUUUUCCAUCUUAACCUGUAAAUCUACCUCCAAUAACCUUCUUUUAUGUUUCUCUGAUUCUAAAUUUGUUUCCAACUUGCUCAUCCUGUCUAGUACUUGAGGAUCACUAAGGUUGGUUGACAAGUGAGGAGAUUCUCUGUAUUCUAUCUCUUUCAAAUUUGGCAACCUUGGAUGACAAUAUGUGGGAAAAAUGUCAAUCAAACUUGACAGUUUUACAAGUGAGAUUCUUCUUAAAAGCAAGGAGGUUGAAGUUGGCCUUAGCCUCAUUUCCACUAUUCUUGUAAUCAUUGUGUGAACCAAACACGUAAUUUAAAAAAACUUUGUGAUCCAUAUCAUGUUCCAAUCGUCUUUCCCGUACUCUGGUCUUGCAUCAAGAAAGAGUUGAACCAUAUCAUGUGUAAGUGUUUAAAAGCAAUCUUGCCUCAAAAAUUAAAAUGAGAAAUCCAUAAUAAUUCUAUUAAGAUGAAUGGAAGUCUAAUUGUUGAAGAGGGUAACAUAACAAUAGA